UACCAGUACAUCGGUACGUGCUAGCUAGCCGGUUGAACACGUUGCUCCCGAAUUCGUACAAAAUCCUAAUCAGCAAGCUCUAGCUUGUUGAAACAUAUUAAAGUCUCGCAAGACAAUUUGUCCAUCAUAAUGGAUUCCCUCCCAAGUACAGGACGCAUGACUGGAGCCCAACGAGAAGAGUUGAUUGAACAAGUGAAACAGCAGAUAGCUAUCGCCACAGCACAGGAGCUGCUAACCAAAAUUUCCGAAAAAUGUUUUAAAAAGUGCAUCAUCAAGCCCAGCUCAUCACUUGAUAGCUCAGAACAGAAAUGUAUUGCCAUGUGCAUGGACCGUUACAUGGAUUCAUGGAACCUGGUGUCUAAAACUUACAGCAGUCGUCUUCAAAAGGAGAGUAUGAGAUAAAAAUAGUAGCUAUGUAUGAUGCGCCAAUUGUAGAAUUUCAUUACAUAAAUCAACAACUGA